UAACACAUAUGUGUGCAUUGCUCCCCUGUCCUUGUUCGCGUGUCUAGAUGCGCCUCAAUCGUACCCGUACCUGCCUUACCAUCCGAUCCGUGUGUACAAGGUCGUGACCACCUAUGCGAGUCUGCAGUUUAGCAAGGUUAUGCGGCUCGUGCCCCUCUUUGGGCACUUUGCGCGAUUCCAGCUCACAAACAGCAAGAAAACUGAUAUGGUCAAAAACAUCCCCUAUGGACGCGGAAACAACCUGCUGGAUAUCUACAUCGGUAGCCCCUCAGCAGCUUCUUCCGACCCACUGAACAACAGCAACCACCACCACCAUCAUCAUCACGCGGACGAUGACGCGGAAUCGGACCACACGGUCGAAUCGAAUGGUAGCCCCAUGAUCAUCUACGUCUACGGCGGGGCUUGGGACUCGGGUCACAAGAGCAUGAUGAUGCCCAUGGCCCAGAACCUGGCCAACCAAGGAUACGUCGUCGUCGUACCCGAUUACACUCGUUACCCGCACGCGAGGAUCGAGGAUAUGGUCCGAGAUGUUCAGGAUGCUGUGUGUUGGACGGCUCAGAAUGCGACCCGGUAUGGAGGUGAUCCCUCGAACAUUUAUUUGAUGGGCUCGGGGUCGGGCGCGCAUGUGGCCUCGUUGGCGAUUAUGCAUGAUGCCGUUGAGCAGCUGGGAGGGAUCCCAGACCCGGCGGUCGAGGGAGAUUUGACAGAGUUGGUUAGGAUCCCUGCAUGGCCUGAGCAACCAGAGACGACGCACCACCACGAACAUCAUCAAAUGAAUGGAAGCAAGCAGUUCAAGGAACGCGUGCAUGGAUUGAUUUUGUUCUCGGGUGUGUUCGACAUCACGUUCUACUACGCCUAUCUGCACAAGCGCGGGAUCGAAGAGGUCUCAGCGAUGCCGAGGGUGAUGCACCGCUCCGCCAACAACUACCUCGCCUGCUCGCCCUCCUGGAUCCUCUCAACCGCGACCGCGACGCUGGAACAGCCCGAGCUGCUGGAACAGGUGCUCCCGAAAUCGAUCCUGCUGAUCCAUGGCGAACACGAUCGACUCAUCCCUGCACAUUCCUCCCAGACCCUGUUCAACUUGCUCUGCGCGGCCGAGAUCCCGAAUAUCAAGUUCAAGGUCUACACAGGACAGAGUCAUCUCGAUCCGGCGAUUGAUUUGAUCCUCCCGACAAACGCGAUCACGGCAGCAUUGCUGAACGAUGUUGCGGAUGUGGUCAGACCGGCUAUGCCGGGCACGGGCACGAGUACCCCAAAUGGAUUGUUGGAUGAGGAGGAUGAUCGGACGCUGUUGAAACAGCACCAGGAGCAGUACACGAAGGAUUUUUCGGAGGGGCUCUUGAGGGAUUCUACCUUGGCCUACUAAAUCAAUGGUCGUCUUUCUCUCUCUCUUACGUGGUCCUUUCUCUUCACUCCUCUCUUUCUCCCAUGAUGUGUGUUUUUUUUUGUGUGAGUUUGUCUUUCUUCUCUCGCGCUUCUGUAAUUUGAUCCGCAUAAUGUACAUAUGCCCUUUUCCCUUUUGCUAUUUCCUCCCGCCCUGCCUCUCACGUUUACUCUUUCAUGAAAAAAAAAAGUCUAUUUGCUC